CCGUUCUGCUGACUGACAACAUCCUCCCGUCGGACCCAGAAGAAACUUCUCCUUCCUCUCCUCUUUCACUUCUCCUCCUCGCUCCGUUGUGACUUGCAAAGGUGGUCGCUGGUUGUCGAGCAGCUUUUUUUUUUUUUUUCUUUCUUGGGGGGGCUAAGUGUGUGUGUGUGUGUGUGUGUAUAUGUGUGUGUUUGAGUGAGUCAGUAUGCCAUGUCGUCCCCCGGCUCGUCGUUUGUGCAGAUAAAGCAUGAGGACUUGCUCUUCUAUGAGAACUGCGGAGGGGGCAGCUUCGGGAGCGUCUACAGAGCCCUCUGGAUAUCCCAGGACAAGGAAGUGGCUGUGAAGAAACUCCUGAAGAUCGACAAAGAGGCCGAGAUUCUCAGCGUACUGAGUCACAAGAACAUCAUUCAGUUUUAUGGAGCUGUGCUGGAAUCUCCCAACUAUGGCAUUGUCACAGAAUAUGCUAGCGGAGGGUCUCUGUAUGAGUACCUUUCCAGUGAGCAGAGUGAGGAGAUGGACAUGGAGCAGAUCAUGACAUGGGCCAUACAGAUAGCCAAAGGGAUGCAUUACCUCCAUGCAGAAGCUCCAGUCAAAGUGAUUCACAGAGACCUCAAGUCACGAAAUGUGGUAAUGACAGCAGAUAAAGUGCUGAAGAUUUGUGACUUUGGAGCGUCUAAGUUCCUGUCCCACACCACCCACAUGACGGUGGUGGGCACUUUCCCCUGGAUGGCUCCUGAAGUCAUUCAGAGUCUGCCCGUCUCUGAGACCUGCGACACGUAUUCCUACGGUGUGGUGCUGUGGGAGAUGCUGACUCGGGAGGUUCCUUUCAAAGGUUUCGAAGGGCUGCAGGUCGCAUGGCUGGUGGUGGAAAAACAAGAGAGGCUGACCAUCCCCACCAGCUGUCCAGCAAGUUUUGCAGAACUGAUGAGGAAAUGUUGGCAAGCAGAUCCAAAGGAGCGUCCACAGUUUAAGCAUGUGCUGGUAACCUUGGAGACGAUGGCUAAUGACAGCAGGCUGCCGGACCAGUGUAACUCCUUCCUACACAACAAGGACCAGUGGAGGUGUGAAAUUGAGUCGACCCUGGAGCGCCUCCGGAAGCUAGAGAGGGAGCUGUACUCCAAAGAGAAGGAGCUGGAGGAGAGGGAGAGGAGGCUCAGACUGUGGGAGGAGAGGCUGAUGGAGAGGUCCAACAUGUCUCCCAGUCCCACCUCCCUACUCAUGGAGCGCUCAAACAUCUCACCAUUCUUCACACCGAUGUCCAUCGGUUCGUCCGGCUCUUUCUUCCGCUCCCACUCUCAGGACUCCAACAGUGCAGGGGUGAGCAGUGCUGGUGUCAGCUGCCUCCUCCGCACCCUCAGCAACGGGGACACCGAGAGGGGGAGCAGCGCGGUGCUGGAGAGGGGGAUGGGUUCGCUCGACGGCGGGAGGCUGCACGCCAUGCUCCGAGGGUUGCAGGGGAGGUUCGGAGAGGAGGAAGAGGAAGAGGAAGGAACCGUGGAGGAGAAAAGCUGGGGGCAGAGGGACAAAGAGGAUAGCGGGAGUCUGGAGGGGGGGCGGGUGCAGGUGACGCUCAGGAGCUUCCCGGGAGGCGUAGUGGAGAGGGAGGAGAGGACGUGGGAAGAGGGGGACAGGGAGAGGGGAGGGAUGCAGAGGAGCAGGGUGACCACCAUCGUCAGAGGGUUCUCGGGUGGGUUCGGAGAGGCGGAGGGGGAGAGGGAGAAGGAGGGAGGAUGGGAGAUAGAAAAACUCGGGGACAGGCUAGAGGAGAGAGGGAUGGAGGGAGCGCUGGAAGGGGGGAGGCUCCCGACCAUGUUCAAGGGUCUCCAUGGCAGUAUGGGGGGUUUGGGGGACAUGCUGUCCUUAGACAUGGAUGAGAUGGGGGAGAUGGAGCGACUAGGUGACAUGGACAUGAACAUGAACAUGGGCGACCUGGGCAUGAUGAAGGUGGUGGGUCGUGGCGUCAGGAGCGAGCUGGGGGUCAGGGGUCGCAGGAGUGACAUGGGAGUCGUAGUCCAGGGAGUCAGAGGCGAUGUCAGCGAAGCCAUCAGCCAAAAGAUCAGAGGCGAGGUGGGCGUCAUCGGUCACUCCGGGGUGCAAGUGAGCAUGCGGGCGUCGUCCAAUCAGAACUCUGUGAAGAGCUGCAGCGUGCGACACGGAACCAAGAUCAACAUGGCUACAGCGGCCAUGGACGUGAUGGAGCUCGACUGGUCCGACAGCGACUAGAAAACACACGUUAGCAGACACAUGCGACACACGCACAGAAAACACACAUAGACAGACACACAGAGGCCAAACUAGAAUGUUUGACUUGUUAGCACGUACAGUAUCUGAGCUACAGUAUGUGCAGUACAAGCUCCAGUUCAAAAAGCUGGUAUACACUCAUUUCUUUUUGUUAUUUUUUUUUUUAAUUAAAUGGAUGAUUACUACACCCAUGUGUACUGUGAAGCAAGAAGGAGCAAAAAAAAAGACAAUUAGAAGUUGUCUUGUCAUGUUGUCAGAAUGACUUCACCUGUGUAAUUUAAUGUGCUAUUAAAACUGCUGCAUAACAUACUGUAAGAGGUACAAGUGUUACAGAAUAACACACUUGAAUGUCGCUCUAAUGAGGCAGCACUGUCUAUUGUUUUUUUCCCCUGCUUACAGAGCAUCUUGUAGUUUGUAGAUUUGAUUUGUUGAAAACAUGCUUUGACUUUAUCAGUUCUAACUGUGAUCUAGUGUGUGAAUUUUUGGCAUUUCUUUCUGUAUAUUUUAUCAUUUUUCAAUAAAAAAAGAAAUCCGA